AUGUCUGCACUUUGCAUGGCACUGCAAACGAACGACAUCGUCCUCCACAUUUUCCAAUGCCUUUCUCCACCGCAGGAUGACGAGCCUGACAGGAGCAACCAGAGAGCAUUAGCUCGGUCUGCUCGAGUGUGUAAGAGCUUCUCAAAUGCAGCACUCAAUGUGCUGUGGGAGAAGAUGGACUCGAUGGUACCGUCACUGUGCCUCUUUGCUGCGUUCAAACAAGUCCGGGGCGAUAUGGGUGGCUACAACACAAUGCACAUAGCCCAUAUGCUUGUUGAGGGAGAAGAUAUUCGUGCGCCGUCUGUCUGGACGCUCUGCGGCCAGCCGACUCCCGCAGAGUGGUCCCGCUUCAAGCAGUAUGCUACUCGUGUCCGCGCAAUCACCAGCCCAAAGGACGAUUGUGUCGACGCGUCGUCUCUCAUGCUCUUAUCCCAAGAGAACAACUGCGAACCGCUAUUCCCUCAUCUCCGCGCAGCCAUAUGGCACAGAUCACCCUCAAUCGAGGCCGGGCUUCUUGCAGUCAUGUCGCUCUCAGUUCGCCGUCUUCGUCUCGUCUACAACGAUCUCAUAUGUGUCCCUUAUACACAUACACAAUGGCCAAUCACAAAGCGAGAUUACGGGCUGCAGGCGAUUCUUGAUAGCGUGGGUGCUUACCUUCCUUCACUCGAAACAUUCGAAUUCGAGGGUCUGGCACACUCCUUCUCGCUCACGCCGAUUUCUAACAUGAAGGCGCUGCGGUCGGUGGAUUUAGCGCAGUUGACAUGCGUGUCAGACGGUGAGGGCAGCCUUUUGGAAGCGUUGUCAACGAUGGCAGACCUCGAUUCCUUGAACAUCACAUCUACUCUCAGGGCAGACUUGGUUCCAAAAGGCUCUGGGUUCGUAAAUCUGCGCAGCCUCACGAUCCACCGAAGCUGGGAAAACGUCGUACCUUUACUCUUGGCGGUUUCCUUGAGUCCUCUGGAGGAGUUCCACCUGUUGCGACUCAAGCUGCCUCCGCCAGAAGCGUUCUACAGUAUCGGGCAUGCCUUGCGCCAAUUCUCAUCCACUCUGCGUGUGUUCGAUAUGCAACUGACCGGCACGGACGCAGCGUGGUCCGACAACGACCACGCAUCCUCGACAACUGCAGUUAUUCGGCCACUGUUCAGACUCGAAUUUCUCGAGUCGUUCUCAUGGGAUUGGCAAUGUACUACGCACCGACCAUUUGCGACCACAGACGAAGACCUCUAUGAGAUCGGCAUCGCCUGGCCCAACCUCCGCAUCCUCUCCUUACUUGGCCCCGAUCACAGAGACACAUUCCCCACCGUUCGAGGUCUCCAGAGCCUUCUGCAGUCCUGUCCAAAGCUCUCUCAACUCUUUCUGCCUGGUAUGGACCCUAGCCUCUACCCAGAUUUCUCAGACGUUUCGUACGACCUGCAGACGCUCGUGGUUGAGCAGCAGCGCCACACGCUCGGCGAUACCCACCGUUUAGCGAAAGAGCUCAGUCAUCUGCUGCCCAAACUUGAUGUCGUGUGCAGCUCGAGAACGUUCGUUGACAAGAUGGGAGAUCCAAUACUGAACCACCCGUGGAACGGUGUAAUGGAGAUGGUCGGUUCUAUCCGGCGUGGGAAGCAGCCACCUGGGGCCUGCUCUUCAGAGUCUUCUUAG